CCUCCCCCGUCCCCAACCGCCCCGUCUCUUGCAGGAUGGAGGGACAGGGCUCCUACACUCUGCCGACGGGCACCGAGUACCGGGGAUCGCUGAGGGACGGGAUGUUCGACGGCGAGGGAGAGCUGCUGUUCCCCAACGGCGGCACGUACCGGGCGGUCUGGCACCGCGGGGUGCCCACGCAGGGGAAAUACACUUUUGCAGAUGGUCUCGACUACAAAGAUAAAAAAUGGCAUUACUGCGAUGGCUACGACAGAAGAUUUUAUACAGAAAUCUGUUCUGGUCUUAAACCAGCAGGCAUUUCUCAGCAUACAAACCUGGAUCCUCCCCAGAAAAUCCCAGAAGGCUGUUAUGACUGUGGUGAUGGAUUCUAUAAUCCUGAAACCAGAGUUAUUGUUGACUACAAACUCAGGUUUCUGAGAAACGCAGAUGAUGAUGAGCAUGAAUGGAUCAUUCGGACCUGCCGGAAAGCUUGGGAUGCAACAACUGAACAGAAACCGAAACCAUGAAAACAG